UGUUAUUUUCCUUUCUGUUUUGUGUGAAGCUGAUAAUAACGAGCGUACGUAAACGCAGCAGUAACAGGCGGUGGUGUUUUCUCACACGGUGUCUGUUUGGGCGAGCUCGCUGCUGCUGUCUGAGAGGGGAAACAAACGGUCAUGGAGCUGAUAUCUGAGCGGUGGGACCACCGUUACAUCGGGUCAUGGAGCUGAGGAGCGGAGAGGGGAGAAAACAAAAGGUGGCGCCGAGCAGGAGACGAUGGAAGGGAAGAGGAGAGCUGCCGCCGUGCUUCACAUGUCUGAAAGCAUUUUGAAAAACCGUCUCACUGGAGCUCUUCUCACCUAAAAUCUCACACAAUGUCGGAUCCGAGUCACUGGUCCGAGGCGCCGAACCAGAACAUGUCCCAUUAUGUUCCGGGAGCGCUGCUGAGGCGUUCAAAGAGCUGUCGCAGCAGCAACAGGAAGAACCUGGGUGUUGGGACACCGUCUCCAACGCUGUCCAGGCCACUCUCCCCACUUUCACUCCAUACAGCUGCGAGCAGUCCUCUGGACAGCCCCCGAAAUGUGUCGACCAGCGCCUGCCUCAAUUUUCCCUUUGCCCGAAGUCACUUGGCUCGGGCUGACAGAGGCGAGGGUCGAAGAUGGUCCUUGGCAUCUCUGCCUUCAUCUGGCUACGGAACCAAUCCACCAAGCUCCGCCGUAUCUUCCUCCUCCUCCUCCCAGGAGCGUCUUCACCAGCUUCCCUACCAGCCGACUCAGGAUGAGCUGCACUUCCUCUUCAAGCAUUUUCGCAGCACAGACAGCAUGACUGACGAAGACGGACGGCCCUCCACAGGCAUCCGACCUCGGUCACGUAGCCUCAGCCCUGGACGAGCCAAUGUCUCCUUCGAUCACGAGAUUGUCAUGGUCAACCAUGUUUACAGAGAACGCUUUCCAAAGGCCACAGCCCAGAUGGAGGAGCGCUUGUUGGAAAUCGUUACCCACUGUUCUCCAGACAGUUCUCUCCCAUUUGCUGACGGUGUGCUGGGCUUCAUCCAGCACCAGUUGGUGGAGCUGGUCAGAGACUGUCUGGACAAGUCUCAGAGGGGCCUGGUCACGUCUCGAUACUUCGCUGGGAUGCAGGAGAAACUGGAGAAGCUGCUGCAUGAGGCGUAUGAGCGUUCUGAAAGUGAGGAGGUAGCAAUCGUCACCCAGUUGGUGAGGAAGAUUCUCAUCAUAAUCGCCCGGCCGGCUCGCCUCCUCGAGUGUCUGGAGUUUGACCCGGAAGAGUUUUAUCACCUGCUUGAGGCAGCAGAAGGACAUGCCAAGGUUGGCCAGGGAAUCAAGACGGACAUCCCACGGUACAUCAUCAGCCAGCUGGGUCUGACACGGGACCCGUUUGAAGACAUGGCACAGCUUGAACAGUAUGAUACCAGUCCCUCAAAUGCCUCAGCAUCUGUGGAACCAGAUAUUGUGGAGAAUAAAGGUGCGCAGACUCUGACCCCAACUCGAAAGAAACCUCUUGAGAGUGAUUUUGAAACCAUCAAGCUCAUCAGUAAUGGUGCCUAUGGAGCGGUGUAUCUGGUCCGCCACAAAGAGACUCGCCAACGGUUUGCCAUGAAAAAGAUAAAUCGUCAGAACCUGGUCCUGAGAAACCAGAUCCAACAGGCGUUUGUGGAACGAGACAUUCUAACCUUUGCUGAAAACCCCUUUGUUGUUUCCAUGUUCUGCUCUUUUGAGACACGACGUCACCUCUGCAUGGUCAUGGAGUAUGUCGAAGGUGGGGAUUGUGCCAACUUGCUGAAAAACAUGGGACCACUGCCUGUAGAAAUGACACGGAUGUACUUUGCCGAAACUGUCCUGGCCCUUGAGUACCUUCAUAACUAUGGUAUUGUCCAUCGGGAUCUCAAACCUGACAACUUAUUGAUUACAUCUAUGGGUCACAUCAAGUUGACAGACUUCGGAUUGUCUAAAAUUGGCCUGAUGAACAUGACCACUAAUCUUUAUGAGGGUCACAUGGGGAGAGACACACGGGAGUUUCUGGACAAACAGGUGUGUGGUACUCCAGAGUACAUUGCGCCAGAGGUGAUCCUGAGGCAGGGCUAUGGGAAGCCAGUGGACUGGUGGGCCAUGGGAAUUAUCCUCUAUGAAUUCCUGGUUGGCUGUGUUCCAUUUUUUGGAGACACUCCUGAAGAGCUUUUUGGACAAGUUGUGAGUGAUGAAAUAAUUUGGCCAGAAGGGGAUGAUGCCUUACCUACAGAUGCCCAAGACCUGAUCACCCGCCUGCUGAAGCAGAGUCCCCUAGACAGACUAGGAACAGGCGGAGCCUCAGAUGUCAAACAACACGCCUUCUUCCUGGGUUUGGACUGGAACGGGCUUCUGCGGCAGAAAGCUGAAUUCAUCCCCCAGCUGGAGGCCGAGGAUGACACCAGCUAUUUUGACACUCGCUCAGAGCGUUACCAUCAUUUGGGUUCUGAUGAGGAUGAGGAAACCAAUGAUGAAGAGUCUUCCUUGGAAAUCCGACAGUUUUCUUCCUGGUCACAUCGCUUCAGCAAGGUUUACAGCAGCACAGAGCAUCUGGCGACGCCAACCAACCUGAGCUUCUCUUCAGAUCGCAGCCACAGUGAGGAAAAAGAGGACCGUGGGGAGGCUGGAGGGGCCACCUCUUCAGCAAGUCCAGCAGAGGGGAGCGCAGAGCGCAGACACCACGGACACAUGGCCAGUCUUCGUCCACGAGCCUCCUCCAGCUCCUCCCAGUCAGAGAGGAGCAGCAGCCCUCUGGUGAUGAGCAGCACUCACAGCCUGGAGACGAUGCCACGCUUUGCCCUCUCCACCGACGAUGAAGCUGAGGUGGUUGUGACAAAUCUUCGGAGGAUCAGGAUUCGCAGCAACAGUACAGGGGCCAAACAUUCGUCCCCCAAAGAUUCAGUGGUGCCACGGCGCUUCGGUAACCAGCUGGAGACGCCGGACAGACAGAGGGUUCCCUGCGGAGCAAAAGUUCCCAAGUCUGCUUCUGUCUCCGCCCUCUCUCUCAUCAUCACCACAGACGACGUGUCCAGCAACCUCCAGCCGAGUCCAGUCUCGCCACGCUCAUUGUCCUCCAACCCUUCGUCCCGUGAGUCCUCCCCCAGCCGAGAUCUGUCACUCAGCCCCAGCAGCGAGCGGCCACCAAUCAUUGUCCACACCUCAGGGAAGAAGUACGGCUUCACACUGCAGGCCAUCCGGGUCUACAUGGGAGACAGCGACGUCUACACGGUGCAUCACAUGGUGUCGAGCGUGGAAGAGGGAAGUCCAGCCCACCAAGCGGGGCUCUGCACUGGAGAUCUCAUUACCCAUGUGAAUGGCGAGUCAGUCCAAGGGUUGGUCCACCCAGAGAUGAUGGAACUUCUGCUCAAGAGCGGCAGCAAGGUCAUGCUCCAGACCACCGCACUCGAGAACACGUCAAUUAAAGUUGGUCCAGCCCGGAAAACCAAACACAAAGGCAAGAUGGCUCGCCGCAGCAAGAAGAGCAAGAGGAGAGAUAAUUACGACAGGCGGCGUAGCAUUUUGAAGAAGCUGUCCAAGCAGAGCACGGUGAUACACAGCAGCCGGAGCUUCUCUUCAGGCCUCCAUCACUCUGUUUCCUCCAGCGAGAGUCUUCCAGGCUCCCCAACACACAGCCUCUCCCCGGGCCCCUCCACACCCUGCCGAAGCCCCGCACCGGACCACCAAGGUUUUGACAAUAACUCACCUCAGAGUACGUCUCCUUGCUCCAGCAUUCCCAGUUCUCCAGCGGCACACAUCCGGCCCAGCUCACUGCAUGGCCUGGGCUCCAAGCUCAGCACGAAGCUCUACACAAAGGUGGGCCGCCGAAAAUCCACCAGCAACAUCCCGCCAUCGCCUCUCGCCUGCACCACCUCCUCAGCUUCCACACAGCCCAUUUCCCCACAGCGCUCGCCCUCGCCACUUCCAGGCUUUGCCAAAACCCUUCACACUUACCAUGGCAAAACCCUGUCACCUCCCACCAUUGUUCGGCACGCUGUGCGGCCCCGCAGUGCCGAGCCACCUCGAUCUCCUCUGCUCAAGAGGGUACAGUCAGCAGAGAAGCUGUCCGGCGUGUAUCAUCCUGACAAGAAGUCAUACACCGCCCGCAGGCACACUUUGGAAGUACCAUUUUAUGGUGAGGGGGAGUUACUGGGGGACUCUGAGACAGAAGGGACCUGCGGAGGCUCCUACAUUGGGGUCGACCAUAGCAGGCUGGGGGGCUACAUUGGUAGUCAGAGGAUUAGGGACUCUACAAUCGAACGUUCGGAGCAGCUGGUUGUAAUGCGAAAGCUCAACCUGUCAGAGCGCCGCGACUCCUUUAAGAAGCAGGAGGCGGUGCAGGAGGUCAGCUUUGAUGAGCCGGAGGAGAAAACCACUGCAGUCACAACAGGCAGCUCAGCUCCAGGAGCGAAAGCACAGCUGCACCAUCGGACAGCCUGGAUGGCCUCCCCACCCUCUUUGGAUAGAGAGGAGGACCCAGACGUGCCGGUGGUGAGGAGGUUCACACUGGUCCCCCAGAUCGCUGUGCAGGGGUCCACGGAGAGCGAGGAUCAGGAUGAGUGGGAGCCAUGUUCGGACGGAGAUGGUACCAAUGACAAACCCCAGUUAGAGCUGAUCGUCAGCUCAUCUCCGCAGCAACAGGCGGGACGUCCUGUUGCUGAAUCCACACCUAUCAGUCCAUAAGCUGGAAGGGCUUCAGAGAAGCCUCUGCAUACAGGGAACAAAUCACAGACAGAGCUGCUGAGAAAGUAGAGGCACGACGCUGUACUACUUAAAGCUAUGGUGACAUUACGUCUUUCAAACAUAGUGCAGCUGAUGGAGCAGUCGGUCUGAACCAGAAGAUAUGGAAUGUAUCAUUUUUAAACCUGACUGUUGAAGGAGAGAUUUUACUUGAAUUUUCUUUAUUAUUGUGAAUAUUUGCCUCCCGUUGAUUUCAGAAUUUGUUCUUAUUUAUUACAUUUGUAACUACGAUUACUUGGUUACAGGGAAGAAUAGAGUUGAUGUUGAUUGAAUAGCCAAGGUGUAACAUUUUGUUCUCAAUGUGUAUGGUUUUCUGCAUUUUGACUGGAUUUUAAGGGUUUUUUUUUUUUUUAAUUGAAUGUCUAUUUUAUACAAACUAUCACGGUACACAGUAGUGUGCUGAUGUUUGGCACAGUUGUUGCCGAACCAAAAGAAACAUAAAAUGCUACAGGAAAUUGAAGUUGUUUAAUCUGAACAAUGCAGCUUCCAGCUAUAAAUUUGAUGUUUGGUUCACACUGUGAGCAGCGUGCGUCAGUUAUCCAUCAGUUAGUUACCUGACAGUUACCCAGACCACAGUUACCUGAUAGUUACCCUUCAGUUACCAGUCAGUUAUGUCAGUUUCCUUUCAGUUACCAGACAGUUAUCUGUCAGUUUCCUAUCAGUUAACCUUCAGAUUCCCAACAGUUACCCUUAAAUUAUCCAUCAGUUUCCCAUCACUUUACCUGUCAGUUUCCCAUCAGUUAUCCGUCAGCUUCCCAUCCGUUAUCUGUCAAGUUCCCGUCACUUACCUGUUAAUUAUCAGUCAAGUUAUCUAUUGGUUUCCUAUUAGUUAUCUAUCUGUCCCUGUAGUUGCAUUUCUUCUGUUAUUUAGUCACAGAACCUAGAAACAGCCGUUUUCCUUGUUGCUGCUGCUUCAGUCUUGCCUUUAUUUGAACCACAAAAACACAUUCUUGUGAAACUUGCCAGGUUGUUAGCACUAUUUUAGGUAGCACUGAUUGAAAAUAUGCAGGAAAAGAGUCUUAUUAAAAGCUGUACAGCUGUAAAUCUUCCUUUUUGCACUUAUCAGGCUGAAUUUUUCUUAAAACACUCAUGUUCAGGGGAAGAAAGCGCUGACACUCGAGUUGCCUGUAAAUUGACAAAUAUGAAAAGAUGGUGGUUGUGUUGGUUCAGAUCGCUCUUUGUUUCACUUGUAUAUGGGACUGUGGGGUGACUAUGCCAUCACAAAAAACACUCACCUGUAGGUUUGUGACAUACAGUUUGCCACUUUUUGCCGCAGACGGUAUUAUGGGUGAAAUUAUGUCAGCACAGCACCCUGAAGCCGUAUAUCUGAAAAUUUCAAGAGAAAACAUUUUGUCCUUUGUGGAACCCAAGAGUGGAAGUUUUAAGAAUCGAGCUCUGCACAAUGGAGGGUUGAACAGCUAAGUCCGGGUCUUUGGGGUAAUCAAAUUAUGGAGUAUUUUAUCUUGAACAUGUAGCUUUGUCUUUGCUUAGAGACACCACGUGUGAACAAGUUGUUCUUAGUUUACAGUGUAGUGAUGUUUACAUGGUGAUGGUGGUACUUUUGGGGGGGGGGGGUCCACGAUGAUGUAUUUUGAUAGACAUUUUGUAAUUUUGUGCAUGUUCGGGACAGUCGACUGAAAAAUGCAGAGGGACACACGUUUGAAUAAAUCCAAAUGCAGGGCUUCUUUGAACAAAUUAUGUCUUUGUACAAAUGUUGAUGUAUAUUUUGAUAUAACGCUUGUUUCCGUAAACUUAAAUGCUUUGGUACUGAAGGCUGGGAAAUGCACCAUUGAUACUGGGAGUGUAACCAAGUUAACAGUUCUUUGAUGCAGUCUUCAGCACAGCUGUUCACAUCUGGCACAGACUGGAUGCAUUUUCCCAACAUGUACAUAAAGUUUUUGUGGAUAAUGUAGUCUCUCAUCAGAA